AUGGGAGUAUUUGUAAGCAUUAUAAGUGAUGGAUUUUCCACGGAUAUCAAAGGAAUAUCGUGGGUAUGCAAGAUACAAAUCUAUGCAUCCUCAUGUUGCAUCAUGCUAUCGUUUACACAUGUAUGUCUUGCAACCAUUGAUCAAUGUUUACCAAUGAGUAAAUACAGGCGUUUUAGUAUCAUGCGAGUUGCUGAAUACGCUAUAUUUAUCGGUUCUGGUUAUGGCAUUCCGCUCGGCAAUGUAUUUACAUUAGAAUUAAUUCCAAGCAAUCCUUCUUAUAGUUGUUGA